CUUCCUGUGUUAGCUAAACUGUUGUCAUACUACUGCGUCUUUACACCUUUUAUAUUACCUGCUUGUACAAAAUGAUAAGAUAAGUUGCUUUCCAGUGUAUCUGUCAGAUAUUAAAACUAUAUUUUAUCUCGGUAAACACGCACUUCAAUAUUGUUUUCAACAGUUGACGUGACGUCACGUAAGAUGUUCAGGAAUAAUUAUCAGGGUGGAGCUGUGGUGGAGAUCUUCACUGGACAAGGUAAAGACCCUGUAGCCAGAUGGAAACUGUAUGGAGGUCCGUCAGCCAUACAUAAGGGAGCCACUGGAGAGGAGCUAAAGAGCCGCAUGUGGCUCCGGAGCCGCAGGAGUACAAUAAAGAAGUCAAAGGGUUUGUUUACUGUCUGGAGGGCAGCAGCCAGACAGUCAAGAUGCAAAUGCCAGAGAAUGGGAAAAUGUCUCUCGGACUGCUCCAAAGAUUCUUGGUCCUUCAAGUGAAUAUUCCCCAGUGCAAAGACUUUUCCAUUGAGCUUGUGAUAACUGAUUCAGAGCAUCUGAAAAGAAGACUUCACUUAUCGACAGUACAUAAAGAGUUGUCUGCUACACUUUUGCACGCAAAGAUACCUUUUGUUGGACUGAAACGCAAUAUUUGGUCUACUUUGUGCGUCGACCUUGUAUCGUUCACCGGUGAGCUGUUCAAAGGGUUUUUGUCGCUGGAUGGCAUCACUUUGUUUGCUACCUGUAAAGUCCGCAGAAUCUUCACCAUGAAAACUGAACCUGCAGGAAUGUCACAUGAUGAUAUGUUUCUCAGUGGUGCUGGUCUCAUGGACUUGAUCCCUCGCAGUUGCCAGUUCCCACCAGAUGUGAACCACGUCACUCAGGUGUUGAACAUGGAGAAUUUGCGGAAGGCAGAUACAAGGGCUGGACUGUUGAGCUCUGACUGUGUUCCUGAUCAGUCUACCACUGCCAGAUCAACCAGUUAUCGACGCUCCAGGCCCCAGGGUGUUUUACACACAGCCUCAGGCUCCAGGGUUUCAGGGCCGCCUCCUCAAACUGGAAGAAAAAGCAGUGCAGCCCCAGACGGAACGGAUAGAAGUGUACUCUUUAUCUCAAUUGUGGGAUCCGCGUCCAGUAGAAUGAACCAAAAAGUUGCUGCAGAGAGUGAGAGCAAUGCCAAGCCGAGUGAGGAUUUAUCACACGGAGAACCUGCCCACAUUCUUCUUGAGGGAACACUAUGCAGUUUGCAACCCCAUCCCCCAAAAGACAAGCAGGGAUCCAAGAAGCUACGGGUCUACAGUGCUGGAAGAGAGAGGUUAGCAUCGUCAGCCUCUCCAGAUGCUGUAUCUGGUGGCCACAGACAGAGAAGUAAAACCAGAGAGAGGUGCACUCAUCCACCCAGUAGGCAAGAGAGCACGCAACACCCUCUGACCCUAACAGAGAAGACAAAGCAGCUAACGGCAGAUGAGCGUGUCUGCACUCCUGCCAAGGAGAGUUCACGAGCUGCUCCCACACCAGCAGAGCCUCUCCCCGGCUCGAUCUGUCCAGGUUCGUCCGGUGACCUGCGAGUCCGCAGCAGCUGGGAGAGUAACGAGGGGUGCGAGCCCCAGCUCACUCUGCAGGAGGAGGUGUUCACUUUCUCAUCCCAGCCACACUCGCCCAAACGAGGGCAAGGCCAGGGUGACCAGGAGAAGAUGGAGAUGGGAGAUGAUCAGGUUCAGAGCAAAAACGCGAAGCGGUAUGAGGCCCAGCCUGAGGAUGACUUUAUCGGCAGUGAAAGUGAUGAGGACAAGAGCUACUCCACGUUCAACACUGCUACUCCCAGAUCUCCAAGUCCAACUCUGGAUGUGCAACUUGAAAUCCAUCUUGAAUCUCACAACAUUGACCAAAUGACAGUGCUCAGACCAGCUACCACCGGUAUGCAGCCUCCAUCCAGUGGGAGAGCUGAACCAGCCGGGAUCGCUCCCACACGCUGCCUCUCACCCAGCGCGACACCCGGCAGACAGGAACUCAAGUGUUGCCCACGUGGAUCAGAGGUGGUGAACCAGGUUGUCGGUGAGAACAGCAGUGUAUCACUUUCAAGGAGACUCCUGCAAGAAGUUAAAUUGGAUGACUCCCCACAGCAAAAGGUGAUUGUUUUAAAGGAAAAAGAAGAUAACUCACUGACGCCUCUUGACUCCAGCGAUUACAACUCACACCUGCUUAGCAGUCCACGGAUGCACGGGAAUGAUGAUGACGAGCUUCGGAUGCUGGCAAGUCUAAAAAGGGAGCAGGAGGAAGAUGAAUGUAGAGCCUCAGGCAUAAGUGCAUCCCAGAUCCACCACUGUAAUGUCAGCAUCAGCAUGAGCAGCGACGACGCCUCUACCUGGACCCACAUCUCCACGCCAGCUAAUCAGGGUCAUCACUAUCAGAAGGAAAUGAACCCCCUCCUACAAUCAAACCCCAGGGAGUGGAUGGAUGUGCUCAGCCCUCCCAUCAUGCCUCCCAGCCAGCGGAGAAGGUCAGGCAACACUCGGAACAAUUUAGAAGAUCUAAUCGGAGGACGGGAUGAGUCGGUGAAUGAAGAGGAGAAGGAGGAGGACGAGUAUUUGAAUCUGCUCUAUGAUCCUUGCCUGAACUGCUAUUUUGAUCCAAAGACGGGGAAGUACUAUGAACUAGCUUGACUUGAAGCUCAAGAGAAUCUAGAUUAAUAAAUCAGAAGUUAUUGACAGAGGGUGAAUGGUUUCAUCAAUUUCUUGAGGCCUACAUGAAUAGCCCAAUUCACAAAAAAAUCCUUCCAUGUUGCUGCUUUUGUUUUUGAGAAACUAACGGGAGAUUCGAGUCUCCAUAAAUAGUCAUGUUAGUGUCUAAGGGAGUGGCACUCAUUAAAUCAGAUACAUGCUUUUUGCAAGAAAUGGAGUAGUUGCCCAUUCAGAAGCACAUCUGAUGGCAGAAAGGGUCUUUUUUUCGGAAGUCUUGGCUAGCAAAUUAAUAUGUGCGCCUUUUGAAAGAACAUCCUGGAGCUUCUUUUUACCAAGAAGAUUUCUGACAUGUUAAGUUUUUGCCUGGAUUAGUAUUACAGUAUAGCUCAUUUUUGUUCUUUAUUUAUCAUAAUGUGUGAAAAAAAAGUCAUUGAAAAUAUAUUGUGUGUAUAUAUUGUUUGAAUUAAAUGUGAAUUUAAGU